ACUAGGAUACCAGGAUAGCUCAGCCGGGGUGCGGCCGUGUUCCAGUCGUGGUCGUGCUAAAACUCAGGAUUUCAGCACUCAGACGGUGUGUUAACCGUCAGAAAGCUCCUCAGAUAUUGUUCAGGCAUUGUUGUAACUACCACAAACAUGGGACCGGGUUAGGUUGGGAAGAAUCCCAGUUAUCGGCGUCAAUAGGACGACAUUUGACGUGAGAGACUCUGUCUGAGGAGCCGCCAUAUUGAAACUGCAGCUGUUGACACACCGGAGAGUCGACAGACAGAAACAAGCCUUAACAGCGAUGACAGGUUGAACUUAAGAAGAUUGUAGCAGGACAGAAGACUCAGGAACACAUCAUACAUCCCUCUACAGCUCAGAAGUUUCUGGUUAAAGUUACGGCCCCAUCCCAUCCACCAUGUACAGAAGACUACAAGAGAUCCGUCAGUCCCAUGAGUUGUACCGUGUCCCCAACCCUCCCUCCAACCCCAAGCCAGCCAACCAUGAGUUGUACCGUGUCCCCAACCCUCCCUCCAACCCCAAGCCAGCCAACCAGGCACCACAGGAUGUCCAGCGCCAGACCCGUAAGGUCCGCAGACACCUCCGCAAGGCCCCCCAGGUCCUCGGUGUGGACAUGAACGAGGUGAUGGACUCCUGUGAAGAAGCCGACCGUCACCUGAAGGCUGGGCACAGACCUGAGUACAUACCAGCCAGAGGAUUCUCAGACAACAUGCCAAACAGAUACAUGAGAUCAUCCCCCACAGAAGAGGAGCUGGAUAGAGCCUUAGACGAGCACGCGAAGAGACUGUACCACCACAAACUGCAGACCCAGAUGUUUGGGGAGGACCUCAGUGCCUCCAAGCUGCCGUCUAAGAAGCGAGGUAAGAAAGUCCGUGCACAGGAGAAGCUCCACCAACUCGAGCAGGAGCGCCACAACGCCGUGCCCUUCAACCACGAACACCAGCUGCUCCAAUCGGUGUGCACCGAAGCCAUGUUUGGCGAGGACCUGUCCGAUAAGUCGUCAGCGACCCGUAGAGUGCCCACACAGCCCAGCCUGGUUGGAGGACGGAACCACCGCACCCACGAUAUGCAGGGAGCGGAGAAGACGCGGUACCAGGUGCAACCUGAGCCUGAUGAUCACGAUGAGGCCGUCUACAUCACCCUGGAAGAUCUGGACUUCCGCGCCAACAGACUGAAGCAAGCCGCCGACUGGGAUCUCUCCUCUGACCGGACUGCCACUAAGCUGCCAUCCCUGGCUCCACAGCGCCACCGUCUGGCUGGGAAGAGAACUGCAGCAGCCGCCACCAUCUCUGGCCGCCACUCGCUGAUGGACACAAAGCCACACAUCGUCGCAAUGUCUGACAACGCAGCAUCCAGCAACAUCUCAGGCCACUACUUGUUAAAGGACCCAAAGCCUCCUGUGGCCGCAAAGUCUGACAACGUCAUGGCAGCAGAGAAGCUGCAGACCAAGAAGCGAGCAUCCGACCGCAGGACGAGAGACAGCCGGACCCUGAAGCGGCGCUGUGAGAGUCCCAGCGGCCUCGUGCGCAGCAAACACUAAGUCCUCAGGUCGCCCUGACAUCCCUCAUAGUGUACAAUUGGUCUGUACAACUAGACACAACUAGAAAAAAGUCCCCAUUCUCUUUGGCUGGUCAGAACUCUUCCUUCUUACCUCUUUUGACUUUACAUGAAAAGCACCUGUUGAAGCUUGAAAAACAAUUUUACUGGACAACUUUCCAGUGUGAUAGAUAAAUCCAUAUUCUUUCAUAAAACAACUCUCCAUUUAUGAGCAUUUAACUUAAGAUUAAAGUUAAAGAAAACUUGUUCGACAGCAGAGCAUGCCAAGUGCCUUUUCUGAGGUGAGUAAGAAAAGGGGAACCAAACAACACAGACCUGCACAUGAGGGUAUCAGGGCCAAACCUGGCUAGAGGAAUGUCCAUGGUACAAUGUAGAGAAAUAAUCCUGUGAAUUUUCAGCCAACAGGCUAAUGCUAUGGACACUCAUAUAGGUAUUUAGUAAGAUCAAGGGUGUGUUUUCUGUUGCAGUUUUAUCACAUCUCCCUAAAGCCUGCAAUAGCAAACACUCUCUAGUUAAGUACCAGGACUUGAGGCAUUAUCAGGACUUCCAAAAUGAAACUUUUACGUGCAAUAUAUAAACAGUAGCUACUGUUGUAGACCAAACAAAG